AUGCACAAGAAAGUUCAUGAAGUGGCUGGAGUGUAUAAUAAUAAAAACACUAAUACUCUAGUAUCUACUAAACUCUUAAAAUCCGAAGAAAAAGAGCAACUUCUUGAUCAUUACGAAGUACAUAGACGAAAGACAGAUCAAUUGACAGAUGUAGAUGAAAACGGUUCUACGGAUUUCGAUGAUGACAAGAACAAAGAACUCAUGUGUCCUAUUUGCAACACAGCACAGGCUGCUAGGUACUAUUUCCAACCGCAUGUCAUAUUCAAACAUAAACCAAAGGACCAUUAUGCAGAACGCAACCCACACGGACGAUCCAGAGACUUCAUCUACGUAACUUGUAAUGUUUUUACAACAAAGACAAGCAAAGACCUACUUGCCCACUUCAGCAAAGAACAUGUAAAAGAAGGGUAUUACUGCGACGAAUGCGACAAGAAUUUUACUUCCAAUACUUGGUUCGAAGAUCAUAAAAUCUUUUACGUGGAAGGUUCCAAUAAGGAAAAAUUCAAAUGCAGCACUUGCUCUUCCACUUUUCCUAAUCGCUAUACAAUGAACCAACACAUGCAAGAGAUUCAUAAAAAGUUUAAAUGUUUUCCUUGCCAUAUAACAUUUCCUUACAAGAAGAAUCUAGACGUGCAUAACCAAAAUUUCCACUCAAUGGAGGGGGAUAACAAGUUCCUUUGUAAUGAAUGCGGAAAAGUGUUUACAUCGCAAGGAUUAUUGAGGACCCAUACAGAGACACAUGGAGAGGGUAAACACAUUUGCAGCGUGUGUGGUAAGUUGUUUAAGAAGAGAUCUGGUCUGACCCUUCACGCUAGGAUCCACACUGGAGAGAAGCCUUAUAAAAGGCCAAAUAUACAGAGUAGAUAUAAUCAAAAAGAACCUGAAAUUUUAAAAUUUAAAGUUGUUCAUACAACAAAAUUAGCUAAAACCAACAAAGCAACUGAACCAGACAACAUUCCAGCUAAACUCUUAAAAUCUGAAGAAUCGGAUCAAUUCUUGAUCAUUACGAAGUACAUAAACGAACGACAGAUCAAUUGA